ACGAGGCCGGCCGCCAUGACUAAUGUGUAUGCCCCGUACGGGCCCGUGCCCACCAGCGUGGGCGUCACCGCCUCGCCCCGACUCAAUGGAUCGCUCGACCGCCGGGCCAUCGUGGGCCGCGCCGCCACCAUGGGCCGCGCGGCCACCUUGGGCCGCACCUACUCGGGCCACAUCCGCCCGCACCCGCCGGCCAUGGGCAGCUCGUACCAGGACAUCCGGCGCUCGCGCGACCGUCUGGACCUGAAGGGGCCGCUGGAGCCGCUGCAGCCGCUCGAGGCGCUGGAGCCGCUGGGCGUGGAGGGCUGCGUGCUACGCGGCUCCAUGGAGAGCUUCCCGCCGCUGCCCGCCACCACGCUGGAGCGUCGCAGGAACGGCGGCCUCGUGUCGGGCGCGUGCAGCGUGCACGGCGGGACCCUGAGCCGCCCCGCCAGCAGGGCCGGCUCGCGCUACGAGCUGGCGGAGGAGCGGCGCGGCGGCUGCUGUCGCCGCGGCUGCUGCACGCUCACGCUCUCCAUCAUCGCCUGCCUGCUCAUCCUGGGCGGCGUGAUCGUCGCGCUCUACUUCUUCAUUAAGAAUGUUCCCUACGAACCUCGGCCGCCCAUCCAGGAAGUGCGCAACCCGUGCCAGGGGCGGAAGUGCCAUCACGGUGCCGUCUGCGUGGUCGAAGGAGGGACGCCCCAGUGCCAGUGCCCGGCGGAGUGCCACAUGUACAACGGGGCGGCGGCGGCGAGUUCGAGGCCUGUGUGCGGCUCGGACGGCAAGGACUACCCGAAUGCCUGCCAGUUGCACAAACACGCCUGCAACACGCAGAGGCACCUCGAAGUCAAGUACCUGGGCAAGUGUGACCCCUGUGCUGACGUGACGUGCCCCGAGCGACAGAUCUGCCAGCUGGACCGCGAGAGGAAGCCCAGUUGCCGUUGCAAUGACGUGUGCAACAAGGACUACGACCCCGUCUGCGCCUCCGACGGGAAGACGUACACGAACGACUGUGCAAUGAAGGUGGAAUCGUGCAGAUCCAGGAAAUCCCUCUCCAUCAUCUACCGCGGCUCCUGUGAUGUCGGUCUGAACCCAUGUGACACCGUGUCAUGCCUGCCCGGCGAGGAGUGCAACAUCAACGUCCUCGGCAACGCCCGCUGCGAGUGCCCUCCGGCGUGCCAGCUGGUCGUGCGCCCCGUGUGUGGCACCGACGGAGACACCUACGACAACAUGUGCGAGCUGCAGAGGGCGGUGUGCGUGCAGCAGACGGACAUCGCGGUCGCUUACAUGGGCGUGUGCGGAGAGGAAGGCCCUUGCGCCGGCCACGUGUGCGACCACGGCGGCGUCUGCGUGGAGCGGCAGGGGCGGCCCGUGUGCGAGUGCCCGCAGUGCCCGGCCCGCCUGGACUUCGUCUGCGGCUCCGACGGGAUCUCCUACGACAAUGAGUGCCGCUUGCGGGCCGAGGCGUGCCGGAUACACCGCAACCUCACCGUCAGAUACCGGGGCCGAUGCAGCGGCUGUGAGGACAAACAGUGCGAUUUCUAUGAGGUUUGUGAGGCUGACCAGGAAGGAGUCGGCCGCUGCGUGUGUCCCGAAGGAUGUGAUAUGGUCGAGAGCAAAGUGUGUGGCACUGACGGCAUCACGUAUCUGAACGAGUGCCUCCUGAAGGUGGCCUCCUGCCGCAAGAAGCAGUUUGUGAUGGUCGCCUCCAAGGGUGACUGCGACUUAUGCCAACACGUGGUAUGCAAGUUCGGCGGUCGGUGCGAGGCGGGGCACUGCGUGUGCCCGACCGACUGCCCUCCGACCCGCGAGCCCGUGUGUGCUUCUGACGGCGAGACGUACGAGAACGAGUGCGAGAUGCAGAAGGCGGCGUGCGAGGUCGAGGGCGGCCUGCGAGUGACCUUCGUCGGGGAGUGUUCGGAAGCGCGCACCUCCAACUUCGAACUGACGCCCUGCAAUGGAGAGCCGCCCUUGGUCAACCCCGCGACCGGACGGGACUUCUACUGCGGGAAAGGGCCGGAUACCGAGACGUGUCCUGAUGGGUACUACUGCCACUGGACGCUCUCCUUCGCGAAGUGCUGUCCGCUUGACCAAGAGGAGAACGUGACUCUGGCGGGUCCCUCGUGUCGCCAGUCCUCCUACGGCUGUUGUCCUGACGGGAAGUCCGCCGCCCUGGGACCCAACUACGGCGGGUGUCCUUCCAUCUGCCAGUGCCAUAAGCUGGGAGCCUACGACGAGGUGUGUGACCCCGUGACCAACCAGUGCCGAUGCAAGCCCGGCGUCGGGGGCACCAAGUGCGACCGCUGCGAGCCCGGGUUCUGGGGCCUUCCGAGGAUCCAGCGCGGGAGCAAAGGGUGUCUGCCCUGCGGAUGCUCGCUGUUCGGGUCGGUGCGCGACGACUGCGAGCAGAUGACGGGGCAGUGCGUGUGCAAGCCGGGCAUUCGGGGCAAGAAGUGCAACGAGUGCCCCGAGGGCCUGGUGCUGGGCCCCAAGGGAUGCCGGGCCAAUGACGUCACCACGCCCCCGCCCCGGUCCUGCGUUGAGCUCGAGUGCUACUUCGGCGCCAGGUGCCAGGAACACGAGGGCCACGCCGAGUGCAAGUGCGAUGCCCAGUGCCCCGAAGACACGUCCUCGUCCCCGCGGCCCGUGUGUGGCUCUGACAUGGAGACGUAUGCCAGCGAGUGCCACCUGCGCCUCUUCGCGUGCCAUUACCAGAAGGACGUGGUGGUCGACGCCCUCGGCUCGUGCCCUCCUCCAGGCAACCAAUCCGACGGCGUGACGGAGUCGCCGCUGCGCCGGUCUACCGCGCCGCUGUCGACGGAGCCCCACCGCGAGGAGGCGGCGAAGGCCACACGCCACCUGCUGCUGCCCGAGUACGUGAUCGGCGGCGCCCCCGGAUCCAGCACACACAGCCUCUCCAACAGCAUCUUCAGCGUGCCACCCACCCCCGUCACCAUCGCCGCCUUCGGCCUGCUGGGCUCGAUCUGUUACCGCGACAAGGACUGCUCGGUGCCCUACUCCCGCUGCAAGACGUCCAUUUGCACGUGCCGCAGCGGGUACACUCAGAGCGCCGACCGUCAGACGUGCGUGGUGACGACCCCGGGGCGAGAGGAGGUCGUCGGGGCGUGCGUUCGGCGACCCUGCCAGAGGGGAGGCACCUGCCGGGAGCUCACCAAUGGAGGGUACAGCUGCCAGUGUCCCCCCAGGACCACGGGCCUCCAGUGCGAGAAGGAGCUCCCUCCGCCCUACGAGACGCCCUCCUUCAGCGGCUCCUCCUACCUGGAGGUCAAGAAGAUCAAGGCCUACAAUAAAGUGCAGCUGGAGCUCGAAUUCCGCACCUUCACGGACAGCGGCAUCCUCCUGUACAGCCAGCAGCAGCCUGACGGAUCCGGCGACUUCAUCUCCCUGGCACUGGUCGACGGAUACGUGGAAUUCCGCUACAACCUGGGCUCGGGGCCGGCGGUCAUCAGGAGUCAUCACAGGGUCCAGAUGAAGCGCUUCCAUAGGGUGGUGGCCAAGAGGUACCAACGCGACGGCAUCCUGCAGCUGGACGACGCCGAGGACGCCAUCGGGAAGGCCCCGGGGACACUCAAGAGUCUGGACCUGCGAGGCUCCACCUACGUAGGAUACGUCCCAACCAACGAAAGGAGAGUCUGGGAAAACGCGGGCACCUCCGAGGGCCUGGUCGGUUGCCUGCGCUCCGUCCGGAUCAACGGGCGUCCCCUUGACCUGGUGUGGCCCGGCUCCCCCCACGUGAUCCGCGCCGAACACGUGGGCGAGUGCUCCGCGUCGCCGUGCGCCAACCUGCCCUGCCUCAACCACGGCUCGUGUAGGCCUACGGACGACGGCCAUUUCAAGUGUCUCUGCGUUCAAGGAUUUAUCGGGGAGCGAUGCGAGGUCAAGCUAGACCCGUGCGAGAGCCAGCCGUGCCAAGCUGGGGCAACCUGUGUCACUCUCCCGACCAAGGAUUUCCUGUGCAAGUGCCCCCCUGGCAGGAGAGGAACGCUGUGUGACCAGAUGGACCGCACCCUCCGCGAGAUGGUGAUCCCCGACUUCGACGGCGACGCGUACCUGGAGCUGCCCACCCUGGAGAACGUGGGCAUGUCCUUCGCCCUCGAGAUCUGGUUCCUGACGCGCUCUCCCGACGGCGUCCUGCUGUACAACGGGCAGAUGGGCGGCGGAGGAGACUUCAUCGCACUCAACCUGCGCAACGGACACCUCGAGUUCUCCUACAACCUCGGCUCCGGACUCGCCACGCUCGUGAGCCCCGAGCGCGUCGCCCUGAACACGUGGCACAUGGUACGCGUGCGCAGGAAGAAGAGGAGAGGCAUCCUGCAGCUCAACAGGGGCAAGAAAGUGCGAGGCAAGAGCGGACCCAGACUCACCGAGCUCAACCUCAACCAGCCGCUCUUCCUCGGAGGCUUAGAGAACUUCACCUUGGCUCACCCGGACUCCGGCGUCACCAUGGGCCUCAACGGAGCCAUCCAGAGACUGCUGGUCAACUCGGAGGUGCUGGACAACCUGGACGAGAGGGCGAGGGGAGGCCGCGGCGUCAGGAGGUACCGUGGGCCCCCUUGCCUGCACAAUCCCUGCCAGAACGGCGGUGUGUGCCAGCCGUUCCUCAGCCGGUUCCUGUGCAAGUGUCCAGCCUCGUUCACCGGAAAGUUCUGCGAGAAGCGUUCUGACGAAAACCAGAUGAUGAAACCAGUCAAGUUUGACGGCAAGACUUUCCUCAAGUUCCCCAACAUGGUUUACAGAGUCAAAAGAGGACAAACAACCAACCAGUUCGAGAUUCGUUUCCGCGCGACCAGUGGCGACGGUUUGCUCGUUUGGCUCAACAAGGGAACGACACUCACGGGAGACUACCUGGCCAUCGCGAUCAACGGCGGUUUUAUCGAACUAUCUUACAACCUCGGCAAGCAGCAGACGCUCCACAUAGUUAGGUCUAAGACGCGCGUGGACGACGGCCAGUGGCACACCCUGGUGGCGCACAGGAGGAAGCGGCUGGGCGUCCUCAGGGUGGACAACGAGCGACCAGUCAAGGGCGUCUCGGAGAAGGGCGCCACGACACUCAACACCAACGGCAAAUUGUGGAUCGGUGGCUCCCCCAGAAUCCCGGACGGACUGCCGCGGGCGUACUACCAGGGCUUCCGUGGGUGCAUCGACGCCGUGCAGGUGGAGAACCGCGACCUGAACCUGGUGACCCACGGCGACGCGCAGCUAGGUCCGGUUCUGCGACGAGAUGCGGUGAGGUUCGUCGCCCGCCCCCCCCCCCCCUCUCUGCGGCGGACUCCUGGUGCUCUCCACGCGACUCCCAACAGCUGUGCAUCUCUCCUGCGCUGGAAUAUGUGUUUGAGGAAAAAAAUAUGAAUGAAUAAGAAGGGAGGAAUGGAAAAAAAACACGACCGGAUGCAGCAGCUUUGUCGAGUUGCGAUGCUAAAAAAAAUAGAACAAAACAUUAAAAAAAAAAAACCUAUUUAAGAGAAAGAAGAAAUUCUAUUUUGUAUAUGGGGAAAACGUUAUUCUGUUGUUCGAGGAAUGGUAGUGAUAAUAACAGUCAUUACGACAGAAAAAAACAAACUUCAUGGUGGCGAUUUUAAGCUGUAAGUGAUGGUGAAAGGUGCGUGCAGAUUUCAUGUACAUUUCAGUGCUUUCUAGUGACUCCUUACUCUGCCUACAGGACGCGAGGUUCUGAACCACUUUGUAGGUUGUGCUUGGUGAAGGAAAAUUUAUCAUCACCGUUCUUUUCAAGGAAGUUUCAAAAGAACGAGACUUAACGGCGACCAACCAUUAGACAAAUUAAACUAGGAAAAUACUCAUUCGUAAUCUCUUUUUUUUUUUUUUUUUUAAUCGAAGGGGAAAUGUUAUUCAUAUACUUAUGAAUAACCAGCUGAAUAUUAAAGAUCUGUCUGUGUUCUUUACUCCGUGUUCCAAAACGGGAUGGUAAAUUACAAAGAAGAUCUGGACUUCUCUCGCUACACAAACGGGGAACAAAAUGAACAGCGCAAGUGAAGUAACUUGUGCUCUUGCUGUAAAUAUGAUAUUUGUUGGAAAUAGUCAUAACAAGUGAGUGAAUGGAAGAGUGUGUAAGUAGACUUUUUCCUGAAGCUGCCUAAAAAAAAAAAAGAAAAAAAAAUAUGAAUAAAAAAUGUAUAAAUUGAAAUCCUGGGACCUGGCAAGACGACUGGAAGUUAAAGAAGUUUGUUAAGAGUUCUUCAGACGUGUUUUCAUUGAUGUUGACAACUUGUACCUCAGCAGUAUUUAAGCAAGAUAUUGAAAGAAAGAAAGAAAAAAAAAGGUGAAAAAUAUAGUAAUAAAAAAUAACAUCCAGUGUUACAUUUCAGAACUUUAUUUGUAUUCGAAUUUUUACUGUUUUGAGCACAGUAACCCUGUAUUCCUAAAGUCGUUUUUUACAUUAAAUGGUUCCAAUUUUGCAACUUUUAAUUGUAUCACCAAUUGCUGUUAAUCUUGCAUUAAAAUACAUUCAAAUAAUACAUUUCAGGUCUACCGAUGCACUUGUAUAUUUUCUCAGUAUCAUAGUUGUAAAUUUCUAAUCCAACAUUCUAUGUGAAGCCCUGAGAUGUACAGUAGUCACAAAUAGUAAAAAACAAAUAAAUAAUUCAUAGGCAGAGGAAAAGCGACAGCGAUGAUAUUUGAGAGAAUCCAUCCAUAUUUCUUGUUCAAGUUAGCUGACUAAAAGAAAUAACUGUACAGCAGAUGCAUUCGUGGAUAUUGUGGGUGUUUUAUCGUUUAUUAACCCUCCUUCCCCUCUUCUCUGUUUCUUAAAGCCAUUCUUCGUUUAUGUUCUUGGUUUCUAUGAUCUACUUCCCUCUUCGUAAUAAAUGUAUCAUUUGUUUUAUACGAAGGCCAAACCACUGUGCAAGAGAUGAUAUAGGAAUUCAGAAAUCAAAAAGAGAACACUAAAAGCAGCAGUUGCUCUUCUGGCAUAGCAUGAUUUACUUCACUUUCCCAACCGCAUAGCCUUCCCCCCCCCCCCCCCCUUCUCCCCCUAGCUGCUGAUUUCGGUCGCUUCGAGAGAAGAAAGGGGGCGUGGUUUAGUCCAUUUGGCCCGCCCUCUGGAAGCCUCUCAUUCCGGUUCUCUUACUUAUUUUUUUUAAGUUCUUAUUAUAUCGUCAUUAUCAAUUUUCAUUUCUUAGUUGCAAAGGGAAUGUGCUUUCAUUUCUCUCGGUCUUUUCCCUUUCUUUUCUUUUUUCCAUGAGCCCACUUGUCUUCCAGAAGAGUGUGUAAAAUGUACAUAGUGUAAGAUAAUAGAGAGACUAGCCUAUCUAAUUUUUACAAGACGUGCCAAUAGUAGGUUUGUGCAAACUCACCCACGAUAUUUAAAAAGUAAAAAAAAAAAAAAGACGCAACGCAAGCUGGAAAAAAUUAUGAUUAGUUCGAGUUUUGAUUAAUAUAUAUACCAAUAUAUAUAUAUAAAAAGACAUAAUCGAAAUAUCCAGAUCAUAUUCCGAAUGAAUGGUCCACUCAUAUUUAAUCAAAUACUUCAUGUUUUGAUAUAAUACAUAACUCAUUCAUACUGUCACCUUUUAAGUGGGUUUCUUGGCUUCGGUAUGGUUUCCUAUUGGCAAGACGCGGUUUUCGAAAGAGGCGUCGGUGGUUGUGUUUUUAAAUUAAUUUGAUAGGCUAAAUUUUGCUUAUGUCUGAUAAAAGAUAACGUUCCUACGAUAGUUUUUAAUUAUGACUUCCGUUCUUUUUAUUAUGAUGCAGUUGAAAUGCUUUAAAUCUCCUUGUAGAUAAUUCACAGUGUGUUUGCACAUGUUUGUAGAAAAUACAUUAUAAAAAUAA